GAAUAGUGGACUGGCGAUUUUGCCCUUCAUCCUAUAGCCUAAAGUCCUAAACCCCUAAACCGUCCUUGCCUCUUCAUACCUAUCCCCUUUCUUCUACAGUCCUGUAGUCAGUCCUAUCAAUUAUCAAGAACGAUCGAGAGAUAAAGAAAUCGGACCAUCAACUCAACCACGAUCGAGAAACAAAGAGAUUGGGUGUGUUUCUCGCGGUUCUGGAAAAGAAAAGAUAACAGGAGAAAUUUAAUCCCAAGGGCUGUUUGGAUAUCUCUGGGAGGUAGGCUUGGGUUCGCUUUGGAAGAGGUGUGUGCCGAGAUUGUGAUAAAGUUUAGGAGACGGGCUUUGGGAGCAAAAGAGACUGUAUGCAAAGAAGUGCGUGUAUUAUUCUUCUGCUGCUGUUCCUGUGUACAUUAUUUGGGAUUAUCUCACUGUGUCAUUGCUAUUCAGAUAGUUGGAACAGCAUGCUGUUAGGAUCUUCAAGUGUUUCAAAUCCAGUUGUGGCUCCAAAGAUGAGGUCAAUAAGAAUGAAGAGGUUGUUACAGGAUCGUCAUGAUGAAAAUCAUAAUACUGAGAGAGAAGGACAAGAAAUAUGUAAUAACCAGAAUUUAGCUGGUAGUAUAUCUGAAACUGGAACUGCAAUAUCUGAAGCUAGAACUACAAAUUCUGCUGGGAAUGAACAGCAUCAAAUUCAUCCAACACCAAGGAGUCCAAUGGGCUUCUUCGACCUGAGCGUACCCUACACCGACCUCCCGCCGCCGGACCGCUCAACCCGCACAAAGCUCGUGACCAAGGCCCUCGAGCUCGGCUACUCUGGCGUCGCCUACAACCGUACGAUCAAGGGUGUCAUGUCCGAUCGCGACCGUUGCUCCAUCCCCCUCCUCACUCUUCCUUCUCUCCUCAAACACUCUCCUCACCUCACCUCCUCCGUCGGCUUCCACCGCCACCUCCUCGGCGUCCCACGCGCCACCCCUUUCCGCCAGUACACGCGCCUCACCGUCUGCGCCGAAACCCUUGCCCAGGCUCAGGCCCUCAAUUCUGGCAACCCCAUUUUGAAGACCUACGAUUUGGUGGCUGUCAAGCCCAUGAACCAGUUCGCUUUCGAUCAGGCCUGUGAGAAAUUGGAGGUAGAUAUAAUAGCGAUUGAUUUUUCGGAGAAGUUAUCAUUUCGAUUGAAGCAGCCUCUGGUUAAAGCUGCCAUUGAGCGGAAGGUGUAUUUUGAGAUCACAUAUGCAGGGCUUAUUGCCGAUGUUCAAACUAGAAGGCAAAUUAUAACCAAUGCUAAGUUAUUGGUAGAUUGGACUCGAGGAAGGAAUAUAAUUAUCUCUAGUGCUGCCCCAACUGCGAAUGAAUUUAGAGGGCCAUAUGAUGUUGCAAACUUAAUGUCAUUGCUCGGUCUCUCCAUGGAACGAGCUAAGGCGGCUAUUUCAAGAAAUUGUAGGACUCUUAUAUCUAAUGCAGUGAGAAAAAAACACUAUUAUAAGGAAGCCAUUAGAGUUGAAGUACUACCAUCAGGUGAAGAAAGUGAUGGGAACAAACCUUCGUCUAGUGACUCUUUUAAUUGGGAUCCCAUCUCUAGUGGUGAAGGUGAUUUGCUUUUAGAUGAUUUGGCAAAGGCUUUCAGUAACUCCAGUACUAAAGCAACCAAAAUGGUCAAAGCCAUUGAUUUUGCUUCGGUUAUUGACAGUAUGCCAUCACUUGGAUUUCAAGUUAACGAUCUUAUAGCUGGAACUAAUGUGGUUGUGUCGCAACCAUUGGCUACUCAGAAAAACAUCGUUUCUGCUCCCCAGUUAAAUGUGCAAUCAGUUGCAACUGAUGGAGUACAAGAACAAUCUGUUUUAUGUGAUACUAUGUUGGAGCGGCAAAGGUUCAAAAGCGAAAAUCCUCAGAAAUUAUAUUCAUCUAGUGAUACUACCAAAGCUGUUAACGAUGUUAUUCCAAUUGAAGAUCCUUCGAUAACCACAAGAGCAGAACCAAAUAGUCCAGAUGAAACAGAUGGGAUUGCUACAGAUAUUCAUGGUGUGCAAUCACAGAAGUCUGCGAUUGCAAAUGCUGUUAAUGAUGUUAUGGAAAUUGAAGUUCCUACAACCACUGGAGCAGAACCAACGAAUUCAGCUGAAUCAAUGGGGAUUACAAAAGAAAUUCAUGAUGUGCAAUCACUGAAGUCUGUGACUGCCAAAACUUUUAAAGAUGCUAUGGAAAUUGAAGCUCCUACGACCACUGGAGCGGAAACAAAGAAUCCGGAUGGAAUAGAUGGGGUUACUACAGAAAUUCUUAAUGUUAGUACGACUAAUUGCGAAUUGAAUGUUGUGCCAUCUCAGGUUAAUUUAACAUAUCAUGCACUAGACAUUGGGUUGAGUGUUGCUUGUAAUCCUGAUUCUGAAGUUCAGGUUCCCACUAAUUAUCAGGACACUGAUAUUCCCGGUCCUCAUAAUGAAGAGGCUGAUAGUAUUAAAAAUAAUGAUAUACAAAGUGAUUUAGUGGAUGAAGUUCUAACAGGUAAAGAAAAAAAAUCUUUGCCUCUGGAUUCAGCAUUGGAUAAAAGUAUUUUGGAAGUGGAUGAAUUGACGGAACCUGGAGAUGAUGUAGUUGUACUUGCAAAUCAGGUUCCUGUUCUGGAUUCUAGUGAUGAGAUGACAGCAACUGAUGAUUAUUCAGUUGCAAAUCAUGAGACAGCAGAGGUAAUAAUGCAUGAGCAAGAACAUGGGAAAGCUGAUGUUGAAUUGAGCUAUCCAGCCUUGGUUCAGUCUGAAUCAGGGAAAUCCAAGGCAAAAAGGAAGAAACCUCAUCAGGUGACAUUUCUUCCGCUCAAGCGAUUGCUGCAUGCUACACCUUUUAAGAAGGCUCGGAAAAGUAAAAGGAGACAUAAGAUGGCAUAACUAUGCAAUGAUUUCCAAUAUUAAUAUUAUUGAUUGUCGAAGUAGGUGAGCAAAGUUUGUUUCAUAUUUAUCUUUCUUGAUUAUUUGGUAUCCAUUCACGUGUAAUGGAUGUAAAUUUGUCAUUGGCCCCAAGGGCCCUUACUGAUGGUCUAGUCUCAAAUUUUGAUCUUAAUGGCAAUUUUGUCCAUGAUUGUAUUCAAUCUUCUAUACAAUUCUAUUUAGCACUCGUCAA